AUGGGAGGGGCGUGUGGAGCCAGCCGCAUCUGGGCCCUCAUUUGGUCCCGCAACGAUAACGAGCAGCCUAAUGUGAGAGAGAACGUGGGCGGAAGGACGAAAGAAGAGGGGGGGUUGGAAUGGAAGGUUAGAAAGCGGUCGUGCGUUUGGCCCCGCUGGAAUAUUGGAUCUGUUGGUAUCUUAUUUGUAUUGUGCUCGCGGCCUAUCAAUAAACUAUCGACUGUAACUGUUGGAUUCGGCGUUUGGGGAGUUGAUCAGUUGGGUGGUUGUCCCACUGGUAUCGGGGAAGUAGUAGGGACCUGGAAUCGGCUGGAGGAAGGACCCAACCACGUUCCCAUUUGGCGACCACUAACGGCGGCCACUCUUCGUUCGUGUACCGAUCGUGUUUUUUAUUUCCCAAGGAAGAGCAGUAAUUCCGAAGGAAAUCAGAUUUGA